UUAUUUCAUUCGUUGAAUCGUUCAUGCUUCUUUAGCUUUUUGUCCUCGGGUUUCACAUUUAUUUACGUUUAUACCACUCUUGUUAUGUUCGUUGCCGUGUGCCGGGAGCUUCAGAGCCUCCGCCGCUCGCCGCCGGCUCCCUGCGCUUCCGGCCUCCGUUUCAUCCGUUACCGCCGCCUCAGGUAACCGCCCACCUUUCCACAUCCAAUCUAUACAAAAACUCUCUGUGUGUGUGUGUAUAUAUAUAUAUAUAGAUAUAUAGAUAUAUAGAUACAUAUUUAUUCGAUCCGAUGCCGAGUCCGAAGAGUCAACGGAGAGGGGGAACGGAGGAGAAGAAUCGGAAGGGGAGAUUGGCGGAGAAAGCGAUGUCGUUUAGCGGACUGAGCGGAGGGAGUUCUGCGGCGGUGUUGCUGCAGAGGCCGAGGACGGUGCCGGAUUUACUCGCCGGCCGGAGAAAUUCGUCCGCCGGAUCAUCGGCGGCGGCGGUGCAGUUUCCGCCGAAGCUAACGAAGCUGCUGCUGAAUGUGACGAUACAGCGGAGCACCGGCGCGUUGCAGGUGCUGAUCCCGCCGGAUUCCAUGGUGGAGGACCUCAUCGCCGCCGCGCUCCGCCAGUACGUGAAGGAAGGGCGGCGGCCGGUGCUCGCCUCCACCAACGCGCGCGACUACGGCCUUCAUUACUCGCAGUUUAGCUUAGAGAGUCUGGACAGGACAGAGAAGCUGGCGGCGUUGGGUUCACGUAACUUCUUCCUCUGUCCGAAAAUGGCAGAAACCGUUCAAACGACGUCGUCUCCAUCUUCCAGCUGUUCAAACGAAGUUGACAAACCAACCAAGAGUAUUGGCUUGUCCUGGUUUAAGUUCACACUCUGAAAACUCUAAGCUUAUAAUUGGCUUUUCCUUAUUAAGUAAUAUUCUUCAAAAAGUUGUCUGAGACGAGAUCUGAUCAAAACUCGAUUGGAUUAGUCUCGAUUGGAUUAGUCUCGAAAUAUGAUCUGUAAUAUACAGAACCUUAUACCGUAAUUAUUAUUGUUAUUACGGAGUAUUUUUUCUUAGCAACAUAGUAUUACAAGGUUUGUUAGGUCUUAUAUCAUAUUUAAGAGAGAUUGAAGCUUGUAUAUACCAUAUUUAAUUACUGUCAACGGAAUAAGUUAAAUAGAUCAAAUUUAUUUUGUAUUACUCUAUUUAAAUUAGUUAAGGUAAGAAUUGAAUCCAUAGCUUUUAAAUGGAGAA